AUGAACCACUUCCCUCACGGCUGGGGCAGAGUAAGCUCCCUCUCUGCGAACCUCCGCCGCUCUCAUACUGAUUGUCUGUUCAGCNCUAGAGAUGAUGUCUACGGCGCUUACGACUACUCGCACUUUGGCAACCAAGAUCACUCAGGCCCCAUCCAACAUACUCAGUCGCCCAUCGUCACCGGUACCUCUGUAAUCGGCAUCAAGUACAAGGACGGCAUUGUCAUCGCCGCCGACAACCUAGUCGUCGGCUUUGGUGGCGAUGUUUCCGACAUGCAAUACCUCGACCGCCUUCUCGGCACUCUCAGCAUCAACGAAAACUACCAAUCAUCCGACGAUGUCACCCAACUCUCGGCAAAGAACCUGCACACAUACCUCAGCAAAGUCAUGUACAAGCGCCGCUCCGACUUCAAUCCCUUGUGGAACGCCAUCCUCGUUGCCGGUCUCGAUGACAACAAGAAGCCAUUCCUUGCCAGCGUUGACCUUCUCGGUACCACCUUCAGCGCCCCGACACUUGCUACCGGCUUCGGUGCUCACCUCGCACAACCUAUCCUCCGUCGCGCAGUACCCGACGAGGAGGCAGCAGCCAAGCUGACCAGAGAAGAGGCCGUUGAGACCAUUAAGGAGUGCAUGAAGGUUCUUUUCUACCGUGAUGCAAGGAGUAUGGACCAAUACAGCAUCGCCGUCAUCGACGGUCAAUCAGGUGUUGAUCUCAAGGAGUCGGAGAAGCUCGAGAAGCAGAGCUGGGCAUUCGCAGAAGGCAUCAGAGGCUACGGCACCCAAACAGCAUAG